AUGUCGUCGAUGGAAAUAGAUUAUGAAAAUUUAGGUGUAUCUAUGGAAGAUAUAAGUAUGGAUGUUGACGAAGAAGGGUUCGAAUAUGAGGAUACAGACGAUAUUGAUCUGAAAGAUCUCGAAAAUGAAGCUUGGCUUAUUAAACUGCCAGCUUACUUGUUUGAUAAAUGGGCGGAUGUUGCAGAUGAUGAUACUGAACUUGCAAAAGUUCAAUUUUUUGUUGAUUCUCGUGGAAUAGGUAGUCAACCACCAAAACAAUCGUAUAAAUUUAUCCUUUCAAACAUCGAAAGACAUGAAAACGAACCCAAAGAAUAUGACCUUGAAGUUGUUGAUAAUAAUGUUGCUGAUACAUAUCUUUUUUAUCAAAAUAAAGAUGAUGAAAGUGUGUCCAUGGCAGCUACAGCAAAAAAAAAUUUUAUAGUGAAACCAACAUUUGGGGUCGAUUACAGUAGAAAAGUUCGCCAAAGAACAUUACAAGCUGCAACACCGAUGAGAAGAAUUAAGAUAAUAGGGGACAAUGAAAAUCGUGGUGCUUACGUACCGCCUGGUGCAUCUGCGGCUGCUAUUGCGAAAUUCGGAAACCUUGUUGCAUGUAUCAUCUUAAUCAUUUAUUCAAUACAAAAGAAACCAAAAGUAUCGAUCGAUCAAAAGACUACACGUAUGCCAAAGAACGAACUUAUAGAUUUACUAUUUGGUGCUUUUGAAAAGUACACAUAUUGGACAUUACGUGGAUUAAAAGAUUAUGCGAAACAACCCGAGUCAUAUUUAAAAGAUGUGUUGAAUGAAAUUGCUAUACUAGAUAAACGUGGACCAUAUAAUAAUUGUUAUCAUUUAAAACCUGAAUAUAGCCAACAAUCGUCAAAUGCAUCAGAAUCUAUUGCACCAUUAGGAUUAGAAGCGCCUGCCGCUGGAACUAGUAAUGAAGUUGAAGAUGAUGAUUUUGAGUUUGAGAAUGAUGACGAUAUUGAACAUAAAUUGGAAUCUGACGAGGAAAAUUUAUUUGGAGAUGUUGGAGAUGAUUAA